AUGCAGAGAAUGCAAAGGGGGCAAACGAGAGAGUGGGGGGACAGUUUUUGUGGGGCACUGAGGGGCUCGCUGUCCUCGGAGGACCCAGGCUUUGUGCGAGCAAAGAAGAGGAAAACGACACCAGGGGCUCGGGACCUGCAGCAACGAGAAAAGUUCAACAAACUGGUGGACGACGAUCGAGCUGGAAGACCACCUUCACUCUCGCAGAUUGGAGUUGUCGACAAGCAUGGGUACAAUCGCCCAGUGGUGCUGGUAUCCCCUCGCAUCUCACCCAAGCUCGAUGCCAAGGCACUUGCUUUUGGGGUGUCGCUCCCACAACAAGUACAGGAGUGGCUUGACAACAAAGAGACAGUAACCAUUGUCGCUCAGAUUCCAAAUCGUGUACAAGGCUGCUUCCAUCAAACUCCACCUGAUGCAGACUUGAAGCCUCCGACUCUGCUUCUCACUACCGACUCGAUCAUCUAUGGCCUCGACAGCGACAAUAAGUUCAUCAUUCUUGCAUUUGCUAUCAAGCCUGGAUUCAAGCCCCUUGGCCAGAUUUGCAACCUGUUUCUCGGACAGCAAGUGUUUGCUAUACCCAUGAGCGAGCUGGGAGUCAUCGAGAAAGGUUGUACGAGACAUGACGAUCGACUCAUUCGGGAACCUGGGGCUCCUGGGGCUGAUGCCAUUCACCAGGCUUACCUCAAGCAUGGUAUCGCCAAACUUGCGAUGGCUUGGAUCGCCUCCCCCGAUGAAUAUUUUUCCAACCGUGACAUGAUCAAGGGUCUCAUCGACUCUAACAAGGGAUUUCUCCCAAAAGACGAUUGCUGGUCCACCCAUACCCACAUUUGGAAUUCGACAGUCGAUUGCCACUUCGAUGUCAAGGACAAGGGUUUCACAGCUCAGUACACCUUUGGCGACUUCGGCAAUGGGGGAGAUCUUGAACUCAUCGAUGCAGGUGUUGUUCUAAAGCAGGAAGUGGGUACCUUAACCCUGUUCUGA